AUGGCAGGGCCUGCACCACUACCCUCAUCGGAUAAUGGCGGUCGCAAAGCAGAUCUCAAAUCUGUGUCAGACUCGAUCGAGCUUGCGAGAAAGUUCACCGCAAUGGUCAAGACUCUGGCAUCGAACCCAGAAUACCGCUAUGUAGCUGAGCUAAUAGACCAGAUCCCUCGCCUUGAACAGUCAGUGCUGUCAAAAGAUAGGGAGAUCCAAAUCCUCAAGGAGAAGAAUCGGGAGCUUGAAGAGGAAAGUGAGAAGGCAAGUAGGCGUUUAAUCAGGGCUUACGAGAGAGAGUAUGACCGAUUCAAGGAUGAGAAAUCAGCUCUGAAUGGCAAGAUUAGUGGUUUGCAGGAAUUGAGCAAAGCUCAAGAGGAGGAUGUGAGCCGGCUUAUGGCAAGUGAGAGCGAGCUCAAGGAGAAAGGACGGCAAAUCAAGAACAUGUGGGUUGCAGAAAAGGAGAAAUUGUCCGAAGCAAACAAGAAGAUCAAAAAUCUGGAAGGGGAGGCCAACAAGUCCCUGACAGAGAACUCCCGGUUGAACAAAGAGCUCACUCAAGUUCGGACUGAACUGUCUGGCGUGAAAAAAUCCUUCGAACAAGCAGAGGCUAGAGUCUCGGGACUUGAACAAGAGCUCUGUUCGAAGGAUAAGAGCUUGAUGGAAAUAGAAGAACUGGGUGUUACUUUGAGCGAGGAAUGCUAUAACAAGUUGGUGGCAAGCAUUGAAGCUGUGUGGGAAUCAGUACACAGUUUGGUGGAGAGUUACUUUCGCAAGGACCUUACCAAAGAUUCUCUAAAAGCAAUAGAUACCUGGACAAUGCUCAGGACACCACUCGACUUCCAGCACCAAAUUCCUCUGCCAGCGUCAAAUUCUGCGGCAGCAAAAGCUAUGCGUACUACGGUGAUCCUUGCAAUCCUUGCCAGGCUAAUCGACAAACACAUCUUUCACCCGACCUUCCUCCUGGAGACCGAUAGCGGAUUACGCGACAUGCUUCUCCGGCAGGCGGCGCUGCACAGAUCAAGGGAGUCAUUCACUCGAUCGUUGUUACUGAACAUGUUUCCGGAAGAACAGCAAUCCAGGUCCGAAAGAAUGGUGUCAGUGGUACUCCAGGAAAUGGCGCCUUACGUCCGCAAUCUCCUCCCGCUAGAGGAGAUUAGCAUGUUCCAAGAGAAACUCCGACCGCUGAUCUGCGCUGGACGAGAUGUGUGGAUGUCGAUCCAAAGGCUUAGAGAACGGCUUGAGCCAAGCUUUGAGCUCAUUCAGUUCGAAGAUUUCGAUUGGAAGACGAUAGCGCUCAAAGGCGUCAGCCACGAGCAGCCGAACGGCAAUCGCACCCCAAAGGCUGGCCCAAAAGACGAUGAAGCGGUGCUUAUGAUUUUUCCCCGUUUCUGCAUCGUCGAAGAUGAAGACCCAUACCCCUUAUCCCGCGGCAUCGUGAUCACUAAAAGUCAGAUAGAGAAGGCCACUCAAGAAAUACAGAAGCUUCCCUCGACCCCUCCGGUUCGGAAGUCUCUACCAUCACGCACUCGCCGACAAAGUUCCCAAGACCAUUCCCAAAAUACUCUACAUCAAAUGGAAACCAAGGGAGCUGGUGAUUUUUUACCGCAAAAGCACUGA